UGUAUGUUUUCCUUAUCUUCGAUUCAAUAUCAUCCAGAUUUGAGAGAGAGAGUGUGUGUGUAUCGUGAAUAUUUGGAUUUCUAUUUUCAUUUUCAGUUGCAGUUCCGGCGAUACCUCGUCAGUCGUCAUUUCGGAAGCGAAACAGCAAUGGGUUUUGUGGGAAGAUUGAUUUUUGUAAUUUCCACCCUCGCGGUUGCCAUGCUGUUCAAGCAGUACCGAGAUCUAACCGAGCCAAAACCUGCACCCAACAUUCUAUACCAAGAAUACUGGGGAUCAGGAGAUGCUGACAACUACACCGAAAACGUUGACGUUCUGCCAUUCAAAGUUUAUUAUAACAAUCAAGUGAUCGAUAUUCUUAAAGAGAAGUUAAGUGAUAUUCCUAAUCUAGCGGAGCCUCUCGAUGGAGCAGCUUUUCAGUAUGGAUUUAACAGCAAGCGGCUUCGUGAAAUCAUAGAAUAUUGGAGAAAAGAUUAUUUGACUCGAUGGACCGAGCGUCAGAGUUUCAUAAACCAGUACCCACAGUAUAAGACACAAAUUCAGGGAUUGGACAUUCACUUUCUCUACGUGAAACCAAAAAACGUUAGAAAUCCAAAGCGUAUUCUACCUCUACUGUUGCUUCAUGGAUGGCCUGGAUCAGUACGUGAGUUCUACGAGAUAAUUCCUAAGUUGACAUCCAGAAGUGAUGAGAAGGAGUACGUGUUCGAAGUGAUUGUACCCAGCCUACCUGGUUACGGCUUCAGCCAAGGGGCGUCUAAACAAGGCCUAAGUCCAGCAAAGAUUGCUGUUAUCUUAAGAAAUCUGAUGUUGCGACUGGGUUUCAAAAAGUAUUACGUACACGGCGGUGAUUGGGGAGCUAUCAUCGGUAAUCUUAUGGCAACUUUCUUCCAGAAUGAGGUGUUAGGUGUCCAUUUGACAAUGUGUAUAAAUUCUGCGCCCAUUGCCACAUUGAAAGGUGUUAUUGGGAGCCUGGCGCCAAAAUUAGUAGUUGAUGAGCAAUACGUUAAUUAUUAUUAUCCUCUUAUUGAGAAGUACAAACUACUCGUAACCGAAACCGGAUACAUGCACAUUCAAUCUACAAAGCCGGAUACAAUUGGAGCCGUACUAACUGGGAAUCCUAUCGGCCUGGCUGCGUAUAUUCUUGAGAAAUUCUCUACAUGGACCAAUCCUGCCUACCGAGAUCUUCCCGACGGUGGACUCGAGAAAUAUUUCAGUUUAGACGCACUGCUGGAUAAUGUGAUGAUAUAUUAUUUAACCGAUUCAAUCACUACUUCUCAAAGACUAUAUUCGGAAGCAUUCAACAGCGUUGAGAUAUUCAAUGAUUAUGAUCGGAUUCCAACACGUGUUCCAGCAGCAUGUGCCAAAUUCCGUUACGAGCUAAUGCAACAAACUGACUGGGCUUUGCGUGAUCAUUUUCGUAACAUGAUUCAAAACAAUCAUUUCGAUGACGGAGGUCACUUCAUAGCUAUGCAAUUACCAGAUACGCUGUAUGCGGACAUUGUUCAAUUUGUUAAUCGAUUAUAUCGUCGAGAAGAUCAGUAUUGAUUUCAAGUGGUGUA